ACUAACAGCCGCGUGGGUGCCCGCCGGAGCGAGCGAGCGAGUCAACGAGCGAAGGACGCGACCUGGACCUUGGGCCUCGCGGAACUCCGGCCGCGCGGCGGCGUCAGGCAGCCUCUCGGCGCCGCGAGCCGCGCAUAACGAUAUCUGCAUUUGAACUAUAUUUUGGAAUUCAUCUACACAUAAAAUGCCACCAGCAGUUGGAGGUCCAGUUGGAUAUACCCCCCCAGAUGGAGGCUGGGGUUGGGCAGUGGUAAUUGGAGCUUUUAUUUCCAUCGGCUUCUCGUAUGCAUUUGCCAAAUCUAUUACUGUGUUCUUUAAAGAAAUUGAAGGUAUAUUCCAUGCCACCACCAGUGAAGUGUCAUGGAUAUCUUCCAUCAUGUUGGCUGUCAUGUAUGGUGGAGGUCCUAUCAGCAGUGUCCUGGUGAAUAAGUACGGCAGUCGUCCAGUCAUGAUGGCUGGUGGCUGCUUGUCAGGCUGUGGCUUGAUUGCAGCUUCUUUCUGUAACACUGUAUUUCAACUCUACAUCUGUAUCGGAGUCAUUGGAGGUAUGGGACUUGCCUUCAAUUUGAAUCCAGCUCUGACUAUGAUUGGCAAGUAUUUCUACAAGAAGAGACCAUUGGCAAAUGGACUGGCCAUGGCAGGCAGCCCAGUAUUCCUCUCUACCCUGGCCCCCCUCAAUCAGGCUUUCUUCGGUAUCUUUGGCUGGAGAGGAAGCUUCCUAAUUCUUGGGGGCUUACUAUUAAAUUGCUGUGUCGCUGGAUCCCUAAUGCGACCAAUUGGGCCCAAGCCAGGAGACACAAAGAAACCUGGUUACAAAGAAGCCCUUCAGGAAACUGGCAAAUCUGAUUCAAAAAAGGGGGUAGCUGAUGCAAGUACAGAUCUUAUUGGAGGAACCCCCAAAGCAGAGAAACGAACCGUCCUAGGAACAGUUAAUAAAUUCCUGGACUUAUCUCUGUUCAAGCAUAGAGGGUUUUUGCUAUACCUCUCCGGAAAUGUACUCAUGUUUUUUGGAUUGUUUACUCCUUUGGUCUUCCUUAGUAAUUAUGGCAAGAGUAAGCAUUUCUCUAAUGAGAGGUCUGCCUUCCUUCUUUCCAUUCUGGCUUUUGUUGAUAUGGUAGCUAGACCUUCUAUGGGACUUGUAGCCAACACGAAGUGGGUAAGGCCACGAGUUCAGUACUUCUUUGCAGCUUCUAUUAUUGCAAAUGGAAUGUGUCAUAUGAUAGCACCUUUCCCAUCCACUUAUGCUGGGUUCUGUGUCUAUGCUGGAUUAUUUGGAUUUGCAUUUGGAUGGCUCAGCUCAGUAUUAUUUGAAACACUGAUGGACCUCGUGGGACCUCAGAGGUUCUCCAGCGCUGUGGGACUGGUGACCAUUGUGGAAUGCUGUCCUGUCCUUCUGGGGCCACCAGUUUUAGGUCGCCUCAAUGAUGUAUAUGGAGACUACAAAUACACCUACUGGGUAUGUGGCGUAAUCCUAAUUUUGGCAGGUAUCUAUCUUUUCAUUGGCAUGGGUAUCAAUUAUCGACUUACAGCAAAAGAACAGAAAGCGGAGAAGCAGAAAGAAGAAAAUAAAGAGGAAGAAACCACUAUAGAUGCUGUUGAAAAACCAAAAGAAGUUCCUGGUACUACAGAGUCUUUAGAGCAGACAGGCAUGGAAGAAUCCACCAAAGAUGAGAGUCCAGUCUGAACUCGGGGAAGAAGGGUAAAUGGAGCAGCUCUUUUCCCAAGAUAUCUGAAAAUACUCUACUGGCCUGCGAUCUACCAGUGGUGCUCAAUGCAAAUAUGGACAUUUGUGUAGAACUCAUACCAGGUGUUCAUUAAUGGAAUUUUUGUUUCACUCCUUACCAAUAGCUUGAAUUAAAUAUGCCAUAUCUGUUGGGGAGUAAUUGGCAAAGAAUGGGGGAAGGAAAUCUUUUUUUUUUUUCUCUCUCUCGUUCUCUUUUUUUUCUUGCUAAUCUUAGCUUUUAACAGUGUCAUGGAAAUUAUAAUGAUGUGCCUUAAGUUUUAGUUUUUAGAACUUUAGGGAGCCUUAACUUUUUUAAACCAUUCUGCUGAAUUCAUCUAUUUUGAGUAUUGCAUUAAAAGGAAAAAUAACUUGUUUGAGAAAAAUUUAAAAUUAAUCUUGCUUCAUUAUUUGUAACAUUGUCAGACACUGUCACUGAAAAAAAUAUAAAUUGAAAUAUUAUUCAAAGGUUGGGGGUUAUAAAAUCCUGGCUAAAAUAUUUUCUACGCAUCAGUAGUUGUUUUGCACAUGUGCCUGUAGCCAUGUACUUAGAAAAUUUAAAUCAUAAAACUUUGAAAACUUAUUGGCUAUUCUAGAAACACUGUACCCAACACACCUCCAGUAUCUUACCUUGGAAUGUUUAUUAGAAGCCAAAUGCUUAAGAGUUGGUUUCAUUAGGUAGACUAUUUUUGUUCCCUUUUUAAAGACAAAAUUUGAGUGACUAUUGAUCAUUGCUCUUUGCAGAUCACUUUUUUUUUCACUUCACAAGUUUGUAUUGAAACAUACAGAUAAUUGUGCCUCCUUAGUGCAACAUAUCUAACAUGUAUACAUUUCAGACAGUUGCCAGAUUAAUCUUUAGUUUUUCCAAAACCUCAGACUAUGAAUCUUGGAUCUUUUAUUUCCCCUGGGAAUUUUUGCCCUUUGAUUCAUAGUGAUUUUAUUUAUACCUGCCUCUAGCUUAUGUGUACAAUAUUCAGUGUGGUCGCCCAUCCCCCAAUGCUGGCUAAUUGAAGAGGCAAGUCAUAAAAAUAAGAUUGGUAGAAAAAUUGCUAAGUGUGCUUCAUUUAAAUAACUCAUUUUCUGAGAAGGCCUUAAAAUUAUGUUUUGCUUAGAAUUACUGAACACAUUCUGACUCACCACACAGAUUUUGUGACCCUGAGAAGUAAAGAAGGGGAUUAAAUAUUAUGAUAGGAGGGAGAAUAGACCAGAAUGAAAACUGUAAAUAUUUUUUAACCUAAUAUCUUAUAAAUUGAGGCAGGAAGAUAAUGGUAAACAUUCAAUAGAUUAUAUUCAGUGCAUUUAAAAAUAUCAUUGUAAUUGACAGAAUGAAAAUGUAGAUUUAAAAAGAAAAAGACCUUGUAUAAAAGACUGGCUUUUCCAAAUAAACUUUUUUUAAAGAAA